GAGGCGGUACCGGGACCCGGCGCUCUACCCUAGGCGCAGCCGCAGUGGGAGAGGAUCGCGGCGCCAGGACCUGGCGCUUCGGAGCUCGGCCGUGGCCAUGAGUCCUGUGGACCUUUCCCGCGUGGGCGCCUGUGUCCUGAAACAUGCAGUGACUGGGGAGGCCGUGGAGCUGCGGAGCCUGUGGCAGGAGCAGGCGUGCGUGGUGGCCGGGCUGCGGCGCUUCGGCUGCAUGGUGUGCCGCUGGAUCGCCCGGGACCUCAGCAACCUCCAGGGUGUCUUGGACCAGCAUGGCGUGCGCCUGCUGGGCGUCGGGCCGGAGACCCUGGGCCUACAGGAGUUCCUGGAUGGUGGUUACUUUUCCGGAGAGCUUUACCUGGAUGAGAGCAAGCAGUUCUACAAGGAGCUGGGCUUUAAGCGGUACAAUAGCUUGAGCAUCCUUCCAGCUGCUCUGGGGAAGCCUGUGCGGGAUGUCGCUGCCAAGGCCAAGGCUGUUGGCAUCCAGGGGAACCUGUCUGGAGACCUGCUGCAGAGUGGAGGGCUGCUGGUAGUCAGCAAAGGUGGUGACAAAGUUCUGCUGCAUUUUGUCCAGAAGUCCCCAGGUGAUUAUGUCCCCCAGGAGAGCAUCCUGCAGGCUCUGGGCAUCUCUGCAGAGACCUUCACCAGCGAACCCCCUCAGUGUGACGAGGAGGCGUGUAGGAGGUGAUAACCCUGAGCUCCUGACCUGGGAGGCGUCUGCUGCCUGGGGUGUGCUGGGAACCAAACCAGAAGAAUCGUCACAGAGCUGCUGGAUUAGGGUGCUGGACUGUUCUGCUCCUCGGGCAAAAACAAGCCAUUAAAACUGCAGCUCCUAGGUCA